UGCUGUACGUACUGAUCAGGUGUACACAGGUGAGUUUGUUUUACGAACACCUGCCACAAACAAUAUCAGCAGAACAACUAUAAGGUCGGACAGAGGCACGAUGGGGAAUAACUCUUCUUCAAAAAGCGCCACCUGUCAGAUCAAGACGGACAAGGCAGCGGGCGGCCCCAUUUUCGUGGUUAUGGAGGACACUGCCGGCAACCGGACGGACGCCAUCAGACUCCCCAAAUGGAAGAACGGCGUCACGCCAAGCGACAUUCAACUACGCGAACAGGUGAAGUACAUGGAGAUCUGGAGCGAGGGGAGAUGCGACAUUUAUGUCGAUACCGUCAAAAUUUCUUCGCUUUCUGAUGUGGACUUGUACACCUUUCCAGUACAGAGGUCGCUGAAGCCCGGCGCGGGAAACAGACUGUUCAUCCCUCCGCACGACUGCUGCCUGCCUCAGACCGACCCCCAUCCGGCACAGCGACGGCGGGAACUUAACGACAAAAAGAAGGACCUCCAAAUGACGACACUAGCCGACGGGUGUCCUGUACAGGUUGCCGGUUCACCAAGACAGGCAAUGUGGGCACCGGAAUACAAGAAGGCGUACUGCAAAGUCCGAGACAGCUGCAAAAGCGAAGAAUUACUCCUUAUGUUGACAAGGAGAGGACCAGUCAAGGAACUGGGCAACUUUUCAGACUUGUACAAGCUUGGCUUCAAAGUCCCACAGGGCAUGGAGAACUGGUGGUUCGAUAAGGUUUUCGGACAGCAGAGACUCCAGGGUUUGGUGCCUAACCUCAUCAAACUGUGCACGGAAAUCCCAGCAAGUUUAAACGUCACGGAGGAGAUGGUGAAACCCAUGCUGAAGGACACGUCCCUGAAACAGGCGCUCCAGGACAAGCGGCUGUACCUGACGGACCUCACCAUGCUAAAGGGCGUCAAAUGUAUUGACGGCAACGUGCUGUGCGCACCAAUGGCCUUGUUCUUCGUGGAUGACGAAGGCGACCUCAUGCCUAUAGCCAUCCAGUUGUUCCCAUACUCACAAAAGGUACUAGUAUUCCUUCCUACGGACCCACCCUACACCUGGCUACUAGCGAAGAUGUGGUACAACCUGGCGGAGGCUUCUUGGCACCUGGCCUGCGGAAACUUCGGCUUCUCUCGUUUGGCCAUGGAGUCCGUCGCCCUGUGCGCUCACCGGAACCUGGCCCAGUCCCACCCGGUCUUCCGCCUCCUGGCGCCGCACUUCAACCAACUCAGCCCGGCAAACAGGGAAACACUGCGCAUGCUCGAUCCCGGAGAGUGGAUGGACCAGUCCACUAGGAUCGGCAGGGAUGGAUUCAUCGACAUCCUACAGAGGGGGUGGAAAAGCCAUUGGAGGAUGAACGUGGAAGGGAAUUUGCCUCGUGAUCUAGAGAAUCGAGGGGUCGAGGACAAAACCGCCCUUCCCGCUUACCACUACCGUGACGACGCCCUCCCCAUCUGGUACGCCAUCGAGAAAUACACCAGAACCGUGCUGAAAGCCUACUACGGCACCCCUGGAAAAGUCACAGGAGACCAUGAAUUAAGGUCCUGGAGAGAGGAGAUGACGAAACCAGCCACUGGUGGCGGCGUGGGAAUUCAGGGCGUUCCAGGUGAGGGUGAAUUCAGGACAGUUGAUGACGUGGUUGCUACGGUGACGUCCGUCAUAUUUACCUGUACCGUGUCGCGUGCUGUCAGCCUGCAGAUGUACGACCAGUGCGCCUUCCCGCCCAACUACCCUCUCAACCUCACCGGCGCUCCUAUCACAGUCAAGAAUCCUCUGACCAUAAAGGAUGUGCUGAAGAGCCUUCCCACAAAGGAGAAGACCUUACGGGUGAUGUCUAUGACGAGGUUUCUGAGUUCUAAGGACAGCCAGAAGAAUACUCUGGGUGAUUUCCACAACCCUUUCCUGUUCACAAAGGUGGGGAAUGCGGCAGUCAAAAGUUUUCGGGAAGACUUAGCCAAGAUUUCAGCGAGCAACAAGAAGAAUGAUCGGUCCCCGCCCUACCCAUACCUGGAUCCCGCUGUCAUCCCGACGUCCUGCUGUUUCUAGUGAAUCACUGAACUUUAUUCCUCAAGAACUUGUGAACGACACAAUGUAUGGCAACAAUGACAAAGCAAUCAAUACAACAAAACUAGUCUAUUCUUUAAAAAAUCUAUAAACAGACCUGAGUGAGUUCACAAAUGUGCCCUAUGGGACAGACUGCCAUUCUCACAUAUGACUGUUUAGGCAU